GUCGAUUUCACCCUUAGGGUUUGUAAACCGAAUCGAGCUUAUCGCCCGAAAAACCCUUUUCCUCCAAUUUCGCCAUCGCCUUCGCGGGAGCUUGGGGGCGACCGAGCCCUAGAGGAGGAGCGAAAUGGUUUUUGUCAAAACCCAGAAGACUAAGGCUUACUUCAAGCGUUUUCAAGUGAAGUACAAGAGAAGGAGAGAGGGAAAGACGGAUUACCGAGCAAGGAUUCGUCUUAUUAGUCAGGACAAGAACAAAUACGCUACGCCAAAAUAUCGAUUUGUUGUCAGAUUUACUAACAAGGAUAUUGUUGCACAAAUAAUCUCUGCAAGCAUCUGUGGUGAUUUGGUCCUCGCAGCUGCUUAUUCCCAUGAAUUGCCACGUUAUGGGCUUGAAGUCGGGCUUACUAAUUACGCUGCUGCUUAUUGUACUGGACUUCUCUUGGCUCGACGUGUGUUAAAAAAGCUUGAAAUGGACGAGGAAUACGAGGGUAAUGUAGAGGCUACUGGUGAGGACUUCUCUGUUGAACCAGCAGAAACUAGGAGGCCUUUCCGUGCUCUUCUUGAUGUUGGUCUUGUCAGGACCACCACUGGAAAUCGUGUGUUCGGCGCUCUUAAGGGAGCGUUGGAUGGUGGUCUUGACAUUCCUCACAGUGACAAGAGGUUUGCUGGCUUUAAGAAGGACGAAAAGCAGCUCGAUGCGGAGGUUCACAGGAACUACGUCUUUGGUGGCCAUGUUGCUUCAUACAUGAGAAUGCUUAUGGAAGAUGAGCCUGAGAAGUACCAAUCUCAUUUUAGCGAGUACAUCAAGAGGGGUAUUGAUCCUGAUGAAAUGGAAGGCCUUUACAAGAAAGUCCAUGCCGCCAUUCGUGCAGAUCCCACUAUGGUGAAAUCAAACAAGCCGGCUCCAACAGAGCAUAAGAGGUACAAUUUGAAGAAACUUUCUUAUGAAGAGAGGAAGGCUAGGCUCAUCGAACGAUUGAACGCCCUCAAUGCUGGUGCGGUCCAGGGGGACGAAGAUGACGAGUGAGAAUGUACAUUUUGAAGUGAUCAAUCCAGUUUGAAGAUGCAUUGAGUUUCAUUUCUAGAUCAUGAAGAGUUUUGUUUGUCAUCAGUUAGAAUCGAACCGAGUCGAUCGUCUUGUCUCCAGCUGUUGUAGUUUAAUUUUAAAUUUUCUUUUUUAUAGAUCAGUAUGAUCCGAAGACUCUAUACCGUUUUGGACCUGUAGAAUACUGGGGCACUGUGGUUUAUUAAUUUUCUUUAUUAGUAAAUCCAAGCGAGUGAGUGAUGUUUUGUUAGAUGCCAUGGAAUCUGGAAACCUCUUGAGACUGGUGCAACCUGGUCAAUGAGCCUAGACGUAUAAA